CUCAAAUCCCUUCUGACGAAGUCCUUAAUGAUGCAGCCUUUGGCUAUAUCAAAACAAGUCGACGGAGAUGAUUCCGACGGAUUCGAGACUGCCAGCGAACGUGAAAUCAGCGAUGAAGAAGGAGAUGAAGAUUGUACUAAAAACGACGCCGUCACUAGUCAGGAGGAGAAACCACAACACUCGGAGAAGAAGAAAGAACAGGUUGAGCUAAUGAGUGGAGGAGAAGCCAUAACCGACGACGGAUCAAACAAGGAGAAAGCUAUGGCAGAAGCAAAUGAAGCUAAAGCGGAAGGAAACAAAUUGUUCGUUAAUGGCUUUUAUGAAGAGGCAUUGUCAAAGUACGCUUUUGCUUUAGAGCUUGUGAAGGAGUUUCCUGAGUCUAUAGAGCUUCGAUCCAUAUGCCAUUUAAACAGAGUUGAAUUUCGAUUGAAGAUGAGUAUAGUUGAGCACUUCGAAGAUGCUGUCACGGACCUGAAGAAGAUCUUAGAACUUGAUCCUUCAAGUGAUCAUGCUAGGAAAGGGAUACGACGUCUUGAACCUCUUGCUGCUAAGAAGCGAGAAAAGAUGAAAGAAGAGGCUAUAACUAAGCUGAAGGAGAUGGGAAACUCGAUCUUGGGUCGCUUUGGGAUGAGUGUGGACAACUUCAAGGCUGUUAAAGAUCCCAACACUCAGUGUUGACAACUUCAAGGCUAUUUGUGUUUGUAGCUAAGCUGAGGUAGUUUUAGUUAUGUAUGGAAGCUUGAUUUGGCUUGUGAUCCUAGCAGCAGGGGGAUCAGAAGUCGGUGUCACGGAGACAGUGGAUGACGGCAUGUGUGUGCGGAUCCGCAGCUUUAAUUAGCAAUGCUUAUACUUUCGUCUCUGUGGAAAACGCAGCCACUUUAGACAAGAAACCAGGAGGUAGUUGCCGUAACUGUCAGGACAGUGGUG